CAGGUCAUUAACCUAGGUCACUAGCAUUUAUUUGCAAUUUUAUAUAACUAUUAUUGUCAUAAAAUAUAUAAAUAUAUAAAAAAAGAAAGAAGAAAAAUGCAGUAAAAUUGCUUUAUAAAUUAAAUUUAGAAAUGCUCUUGAGCCGAUUGCUCAUUGGUGAGGUGAAAAGUUAGUCCCGCCCCUUGCCGAAAGUUAGCGGACAAGCAGGCAGAACGAGAGUGAACUUGAACGAGAGAAGACGCAGUUGCACAAAUUGUGAUUAAAAUCCUUUGUUUAAUAAUCCAGCGAUAGAUUAUUAACAAGUUGAAUUUAUAUCUGUGAUUAUAUAACUUUUAGAAACUCGACUGUUUGAGAAUAGUAUUGUGUGACGACGUUUGAACCGGACAUGAUGAGACUGACGCAAUAAGAUAUAAUAUACAUCUUUUCCGGGGAGAAACAACUUUAUUUUUGUUUUCUGAUUUAUACUUCUCCUUGGCUGGGUUUUUUUUUCUUUGUGAGAAUUGUGUUCCUGAAUCCUGUCCUUGCUGAAUAUUCGCAUUCCGGUCGGGACUGGCGAGCCAUUCCAUCCUCUCGUACCUGGAAACAGAGAAAAGAGCGUGAAGUCUGCCGAACUGGUAGGAUCAAACAAAAGAGCGCGAAGUCUGCCGAACUGGUAGGAUCAAACAAAAGAGCGUGAAGCCUGCCGAACUGGUAGGAUCAAACUAUUUUUGCUUUGAUUUUUCUGUUAUUUCUCCCGAGUUUUUUCUAUCUGGAUCUUCGGUGGAUAGAAACAUUGUUUUUUCUCUCUCCUGGAUUAAAUUUCUUCUUCCACUUUUUGAUGAACAUUGCUUUAUACUCUUGAAUUUGAAAUUGAGACACUGAACUUAAACUCAACUGGACAUUUAGACUGAGUUGAAUGCAAAAACUGAAGCUCAUUGUGAAACAGAUUUCAAAAAUAUUUCAAAUCUGAACGUCUCAAAACUGAGACACUGAUUUUGAAAUUGUGUGUGAAAUUUAUUAUUUUACUGUUUUGUUUAUUUUUAUUCUGAAUCUGAACCUUGAUUUGGGUUUUUGAAUUUGUAUACCCUUUUGUUAUUUUGGGUUUUAUUAUUCAAUUCACUUGUUAUUUCAUUGCAAUUUAAAGAGAAGGAUUGAAGACAAAAAAUAAUCAAUCAAAACAAUAUACUACAUUCUCUUCCAUAUUGAUUGACUUUAUUCUUUAUUCUACUUUAUUCUGUGUGAUUAAUUGAUUACAGACUAUUACUAGAUUAUACUAUUAUACUUAUUACUUACCUUUGCUCCUGUGAGACGAUCCUUAUCUUCUGAUUCUGGUCCAAAGGAAUCCCCAGCGGUUAACGUGUUCCACAAGUGUUUUAUGCAGUGACCUAGAGUUAGUCAGAGGAGUGCUACACACUAGUAGGACCGCGUUACACGAAAAACUUGGCGAGCCAGCCAGGAGCAAAAUAACAGCAUAGUGUAAUAGUUAUUAGUCAACUUGAUAACCACAACAGUCAAUAAAGAAAAAUAAAAAAAAAAUUAAAUAAAUAAGCCCCCCCUUCUCUUCAAAGAAAAUCAGUUCUACAAGCAAAAAUGGAAGCUGUGAAACGUGAGAACAUUGACGUCAAGAAAUCAGUCAUUGUAAGUGGCUUAACUCUCUCAGAUCCUGAUCAAGAAUUAGAAGCCUGCUUAAUGAAAUAUGGAUCCAUCAAACGCAACAUAAUUAUUGACGAUCCCAACUCAGAGCACCACCAAAGUGCCAUUGUGGAAUUUUCUUAUGACUCUGCUAUGCACAAUUUGGAGUCUGCACUGCCUAUGACUAUCACAAGCACUGUUGAUGCUAACAUUGUCUUUCAUGUGCGCAGCUUGGGAAGUGUGUACACACCUGCAGCAGAUAGCAGUGUUACUGAAGGUUAUUUGGAGAACCUGAAAGCCAUUGCCCGAGCCAGCGGAAAAACACUGCAGGAAGUACUUCAAUGUGAGUUGCAAAAGAUUUCCACAUUAAUGUUCCCAGAAAAAGAAUCUUCUGUAUCUGAGCCAGAAUUGGAACAGCCGGUGAAUGACAGCAAUAUGCAUACAAGAGAAGCUGAAAACCCUGCCAAGGAGAGUGCAUCGGCACCGUCAUAUUACCAUAUGAGGAGUCCUGAUGCCAGUGUUUCCGAAACCAUGUCCUUGAACAUACCAACCAGUACCUUGAAUCCACCAGGAAUUCAACGAGUAGUUAUGGAGCACGUAGUAAGGACCAGUGAUUCCAUGUCUUCUUCACAUGUUGCUGUUCGUCUCAAAGUCUUCUCUGGACGAAUUCCUCGGCCCAGCCACGAACCUGACUUCGACACCUGGCGUGCCAGUGUGGAUUUCCUAUUGAAUGAUCAGUCUCUUUCUGAUUUACACAAGACGGGCAAAAUUCUUGACAGUUUGCUGCCUCCAGCUUCGGAUGUCGUCAAGCACAUUAGUCCACAUGCUCUGCCAUCACAUUGCUUAAAGGUGAUGGAAUCUGUCUAUGGCUCAGUGGAGGACGGAGAUGAACUGUUCGCAAAGUUCAUUGGUGCCCUGCAAAAUCAAGGUGAAAAACCUUCCACCUACCUUCACCGUCUUCAUGUGAUGUUGAGCACUGCAAUUAGACGAGGUGGAAUUGCUGAAGCUGAACGGAACCGUUGUCUCCUCAAGCAAUUUUGCAGGGGUUGCUGGGACAACAGCUUGAUCGCUGAUCUGCAGCUGGAAGGAAAGAAAGAUGCACCCCCUUCUUUCGCUGAAUUUGUAGUACUUAUUCGUACUGCAGAAGACAAGCAGUCACUGAAAGAAGAAAGGAUGAGGAAGCAUCUUGGAUUAAACAGACAUGCUCCUGUUCCACUUAAACUACGGCCAGCGACUCACCAACAGUCUGUAUACUGCACCGACAUACCUGGUGAGCCCAAUGAUGAAUUACAAAGUCAGUUAAGUGCAAAGCAGAAAUCAGUUAAGCCUAAAAGCAAAGCUGAAAAGUCUGAAGUUGAAAGUCUGAAGAAAGAAGUCGCAAAACUUCAAGCACAAAUUACCAUGAUGAAGACCGAGCCUGUUCGCAAAGAAAAGAGCCCCAAGGUGGAUGAAAUUUCUGAGUUAAGACAGAAGAUAGCUGAGCUUCAAGCUCAUCUUGUCCCAAGAUUUCAAGGGGAGCGUCAAGAGAAGUCUCCAGCUUUGAGCACUUUCCCUGUGGAAUACCGACCCAAACCUAGAGAACCUGAGCUGAACAAGAACCCAAGACCCACCUGGCAGUCGCACAACAGACCCCGUCCUGGUUAUUGCUUCCAUUGUGGAGAAGAUGGACAUCUUGCUGUUAACUGUGAGAAUGAUGCAAACCCUCGCAAAGUGGAUGAGAAGCGCCGUGAGUUAAGAGAGCGACAGGCCAAAUGGGACCUUCAGAAUGCUUUCAACUCUAAGUCUUUAAACUGA